CGACCGCGGUCCCCACCCCGCGCCUCUCGAGCCAGCCAGCCGCGGGGAAGCGAUCCCCGGCGCCGGCGGGCGGCCGCGGCGUCUGACUGACCGACGGAGGAGGCUCCGCGCCCGUCCGCAGCGCGCGGCCGGCAUGGCGGCGCCGAGAAGCCCCCAGCGGGUGCGGGCGCGGGAGCGGGAGGGUCCUCGCGCCCCAACGGCAGGAAGUGACCAGGUUCACUCCUGGACGCUGGUCACCAGCCAAGCCUUGGAUACUGCGUGGAAGAUAGCCAGGGGCUCAGUGACGCUGGCGGUAGCAUUCCUGGUGGCUGCCCUCUGCUACGUGAGGAGGAUGCACUCCUAUUUAGGGCGCCGGCUGAAAUGGUGGAUUGGAUAUCUGCAGAGAAAGUUCAAAAGGAACCUCAGCGUGGAGGCGGAGGUCGAUCUCCUCAGUUACUCUGCGAGAGAAUGGAAGGGAGAGACGCCGCGUGCCAAGCUGAUGCGGAAGGCUUACGAGGAGCUGUUUUGGAGGCAUCACAUCAAAUGUGUCCGACAAGUAAAGAGAGACAACUAUGACGCACUGAGGUCAGUGUUGUUUCAGAUAUUCAGCCAGGGCCUCUCCUUUCCGUCGUGGAUGAAAGAAAAAGACAUUGUGAAGCUUCCCGAAAAACUGCUCUUUUCACAAGGUUGCAAUUGGAUCCAGCAAUACAGUUUUGGUCCUGAGAAGUAUACAGGUUCCAAUGUGUUUGGAAAGUUACGUAAAUGUGUGGAAUUAUUGAAAACGCAGUGGACUGAAUUUAGUGGAAUUAAAGAUUAUCACAAGAGAGGAAGUAUGUGCAACAUCCUCUUUUCUGAUGCGAUUCUGGAAUAUAAACUUUACGAAGCUUUAAAGUUCAUCAUGCUCUAUCAAGUCACUGAAGUUUAUGAGCAAAUGAAGACUAAGAAAGUCAUUCCCAGUCUUUUUCGGCUCCUGUUUUCCCGGGAAACAUCCUCUGACCCUUUGAGCUUCAUGAUGAACCACCUGAAUUCUGUGGGCGACACAUGUGGACUGGAGCAGAUCGAUAUGUUUAUUCUUGGACACUCCCUUGAGAUAAAGAUAAAAGUGUUCAGACUGUUCAAGUUUAACUCCAGAGACUUUGAGGUCUGCUACCCAGACUUGCCGUUCAGGGAGUGGCCCGAGAUCUCCCUGCUGACGGAGAAUGACCGCCACUACCACAUUCCUGUCUUUUAAGUCUGGCGUGGGCUGGGCACCGGCCCUCGCCGUUCACAGCGGUCACACGUUCAAGCAAAGUCCAGUUGGAGAACCAAAGCUGGUGUUGCGACCAUUGAAAGGGGCGGGACCUUCUUCCCCGGAGCUGCAGGUGCCCUGGACACAGAGGUGCACGGAUGGCAUGCUUUUGUUUUCCAGUGGCUUCCUCCAAACCGGCCUAUUUGUGUUUGGUGGUUUGACCUUGUUCACGCGGGCUCUAGUCAUUUCACAUGCCACAGGCCUUUAAGGGCACCGGGAAAGGAAAUCUGGGCAGUACAACAGGAAAAAAAGCGAGAGGAGAAGGGGAAAGGACUAACCAGGAACGAAUUUGUCUGUAACCUGGAUGUUCUCAUUAGGAACCUUGUCUUUGACUGAUUUGAGAUCUUUAUAAACGUGGCCUUAUUUUAGAAGCAUUACUUUCCCAGGAAUCUUUAUGGUGUAUUGAUUUUCUAGAACCACUUAAUUAACUGUAAAACUAUGUGUAUGGGGUAUGUGUACACACACACACACACACACACACACACGCAUACACACGCAUACACAUGUAUAUACAUUGUAUAGUUUUAUAUAUACAUAUA